AUGGACGGCGAUUUGGAACAGAUAACUGCGAAGCUCAUGGAACGCGUCGAGCGUCUUUUGACCCAGCAGAAGCUCUGCACUCCAAGACAACGAAUCUUGAUUGCGCUGGCUGGCGUACCAGGAUCGGGCAAAACCACGAUAUCAGAUGCUUUGAUCAAACAGCUGAAGAAGAACGGUAUUUCCGAUGUCGCAGUCCUUCCUAUGGAUGGAUUCCAUUAUACUCGUACCACUCUCUCUUCCUUCACCGACCCCGAUGAAGCAUUCCGAAGACGCGGUGCACCUUUCACAUUCGAUGCCGCCGCCCUACUAGAUCUCGUAGCGCUACUCAAAAAAACUCCUGUGACGACACAUAACGAACCGCAAAUCAUCAUCAAAGCGCCAGGGUUUGACCACGCAAGAAAGGACCCAAUACCCGAUGCCAUUAAGAUUCCUUCGCGUGCCAAAGUUGUUAUCAUCGAAGGCAACUACGUACUCUUGAACCAAGAGCCAUGGAGCCGCAUUUCCACAUUGGCAGAUGACAAAUGGUUUGUCGAUGUAGCAGUCGACAUCGCUCGGGAACGCCUAGCAUCCCGACACCUCAGAGCCGGGAUCGAGACGACGAUAGAAGCAGCGAUCAAACGGGCCGACGAAAACGAUAUACCAAACGGAGAAUACAUAAGAUCCCAUCUCAUCGGACCCAAUAUGCGCAUCAUAAACUGA